CACUCACGUCUCUCCACGUCUCUCCACGUCACACGCCAGAAGAAAGGCUUUCCGUCCCACAUUAGAUUACUCUGUUGUUAUCCAUCCGUUCUCUCGUUCCUGAGUUUCUUUAUAAAAUCCCCACAUGAUCCCGUUUCAUCCCCUUCACGCUUUCGUUCUCCUUCGCAUACCCAACGCGAAUUCAUUCCUUUCUCCUCCUCGAAGCCUCGCGUUUUUCAGCUGAUGAAUCUUUUGCAAGACCCACCUUUUCUUUCCCAGAUCUUGUCUCGAUCGUGGUCUCAGGAGGCAUUCGUUUCGCUAGCCUUUGAAGUCUGCAAAUGGAGCGCCAUCUUCCUCGCGACGCUCGCUUGCUUUGGCACGCUAAUCUGCCGAGUCGUCAAGCUACCGGCCCUCAGAUUCCCGAAAAGCAGCCCUCUCGCGGCUCAGCAACCUCUUGCCUCCGACUUCGACGAUAGCGACGAUGACACGUGUUCGUCCUCGUCGGAAGAAGACGAUGGCCAGUCAGACGAAGACGAGCUUCCCUCCCCGUCAGGCGACCACUCGCAGGGGAACUUCAUUUUCCGGCUCGCGGGCUCCGGGGACUCGCAGCUGCGGCGGCGUCGCAGCUUCGCCGACAACCUGUCGCAGUUCGUCUUGGGCAAGACCGUCGUGAAGCUGUGGGACAGGUCGGACAGCAGAUUGCUGCGGCUGCAAGACGCCAACGGAGAGUUCGUCGGGAGGUUCUGCCAGGUCCUUGCGUCACCGAGGUCGCCGGUGGCCGUCGUGUCGGCGGGGCUGAACAACUUGGGGAAGAUCGCGCUCGACGUCUGGGACACCCGGGUCGGGUUCCGGAUCCCCGCCAUAGUCGCCGAGUGGGAGCCGAGAGCCGGUGGCGAGGUGACGGUCGGAGACCUCAGGAAUGUCAUCUCGCCGGUGGAGGAUUCGCUGGGAGCCGAUGCGGAACGGUGGUGGGACGCUGACGCCAUCGUCGCUCCCGAUGAGCUCUGACAAAACUCUCUGUUUGGAAAAGUCGCGGGGCUGACCGGCGACGCGGUACGCUCUGACUCGGGAGAAAAGUAGCGAUUCACGUUGUCGAAUUUGUAUUGAUUGUCGUCGGAGUAAAUAACGGUGAGCCAUUGAGAAAUCGAGUUGGAACGAACAUGGUGUAAAUAUACAAUCCAUUUGUCCCAUAUCUUAUUAUACUUCUUCAAUGAAGCAAACGAACAUGUCCAUUAUCUAA